CGAGUCGUCUGUCAAACAUCUAGAGCGGGUAUAAAAAAAGGAAGUGCCGAGCGGCGGGCGCACGCGUCGGGAAAAUCAUUCGAUCAUUCGUAACGUUCGGAUCGAACGCCGUUCGGAAAACUGUUCCAUUUUCAAAAUGAAAAUCGAAUUACGAACUAGUGUGCCAGUGUUUAUGUGCUUCAGGAUUUUAUAAUGUGCGAACGGGUACGGCUUAAGACAAUUUUUGUUUUAUUCAAUUAGAAAUUGCAUUUUGCAAUGGAUUUUAUGAAUUGUCUGUGAUUACUUAUAUUUAAGUUUAUUUGGUUGUGAUCGUACUUUAAUUUAUUGAAGCAAGUUUAUAAGAAAUCUCAUCAAGAUGAUGUCCAAGAAGCAACUAGCAUGCAUGCUGGCACUUCACCUCGUAUAUCUCUUAGUAGGUGCCAGCAUCUUCUAUCACAUAGAAAGUCCCUUGGAGCUCCAGCAGAGGGCAGAAGACAAACUGGAAAGACUAGAAAUCCAAAAUCUCCUCUACGAGAACUACAUUCCAAACGACCCUGAGAAGCAAGAUGUUAUCCUCCGGAAGCUCUCCGACUAUUGCGGCAAAAGCGUCUUCAACUACACGACCGAAGAUGCAGAACCACCCAUCAAGUGGGACUUCUACCAUUCAUUCUUCUUCUCUUAUACUGUCGUCAGUACAAUCGGUUACGGAAACCUGGCACCGACUACCCACCUCGGCCGCAUUCUCAUGAUCUUCUACGGCCUGUUUGGUAUCCCCAUCAACGGUAUCUUGCUCGCUAACCUUGGCGAAUACUUCGGAUUGCAGCUCAUCUCAGUAUAUCGCAAAUACAAAAGACGGAACGAGAAACGAGCGAACAACUUGGGCUACUUCUUUCACAACCUUGGCAUGCUGGGUCAGAUCUUCCUGUACCUGGUGCCUGGUUUCCUCUUCUUCAUCUUUCUACCCGCUUGUAUCUUCGUGGUAUUUGAGGGGUGGGAUUACGUCGCGUCUAUCUACUAUGCCUUUGUUACUCUCACUACUAUUGGAUUUGGUGAUUUAGUCGCAGGUACCGUCAACAACGGCUUUGCAAAUGGCUAUUUCAUCACUUACCAAAUAUUCCUCAUAUUCUGGAUCACCUUCGGCCUCGGUUACAUCGUGAUGUUGCUCGGUUUCAUCACCAGCGGCAUGAGAUCAGAAUCCGUCCAUCGGUUGGAGCAAAAAUUCGCUAAUCAGUUCAAGUCUACACAAAACAAGAUCUUACAAGGCUUUACCAGGGAUAUGGCAGUGAUAAGGAAGAUCAUAAACGAAGCAAAUCUUAUUAAACUGAAGCCAGUGUACGUCGAUACAGCGCCCCGCCUAAUAAGAAGUGCAAGCUGUCCUAAUUUUACCUACGAUGUUGAACCACGAGGCCCCAUUUACAAGAGGAAAAGAGCGAACUCUGAGAACAUUCACUUAUCGAGUAGAGAUAUCUUACGAAUUCAAUCAGAUACAGACUUACUUGGAAUAGAUAAAGAUAAAACAUUCAGCGCAACAGCUAUUGUUAAACCCGCUGAGUUAUUAGCAAGAGUUGUUAAUGUUUUGGGCGGGUUCGAGCCACAGGAGCAAGAAAGAGGCGUUCACAUGUUUAAUGAUGAGGAAAUUUUGGCAAGUGAAAAACCACCAGUAUUCAGUAUUGGCCAAGAUAUUAUCAAAAAUUCACCGAAGAGGACGAGAGCUUGCAGCGUAGCCGUUCCUAAUUAUAAAAAGGACUCUGUUCCUACGAUAGAUCAUGAUUUAACCUGGACAAAUGGAGAUACAGCAGAUAAGUUUAGAAGAGAAGCUAAUAUUAGGACAGGCAAAUUGUCCGUUCCUGAAGCUGGAAUUACUGUCAAUCCUGUCGAGGAAACCCAACCUAAAAGUAUUUUAUCAAAAAUAUUCCGAAGAUCCAGUUCUACUGAAGAUCCUGCUGAUUAUAUUAAAAAUUCCAUGAAGGGUAGAGUCAGCAUAGCCCAAGGAGUCAACGAAAACGUUACUAGCAAGCCUAGACGUGGAAGUAUUUUCCCAUCAUUCAAUUUAAAUGAGGAAGACGAUCAAGCUCAAGCUUAUAGAGAAAAAACGAAAAAGGGCCGACGCAGUAUUUUCCCCACAUUUGACUUUUCUGAAGAAACUGACGAGGAUGAGGCUGCAAUUAAGAAGUACCAACAGAAAAAGAGGCACAGUAUAUUUCCUACGUUCGAUUUUAGUGAAGAUGCCGAUGAAGAUGCUGGUCACGCUUACAGAGAGAAAACAAAAAGAGGUCGACGCAGUAUUUUCCCAACGUUUGAUUUCAGUGAUCCGGAAGAAGAUAUGGCUAAUAAAUAUAAAGAGACCACAAAGCGAGGUAGGCGAAGUAUUUUCCCUACCUUCGACUUUAGUGAGCCUAAGAACAAUGACGAUGAUGAUGAUACAAUAGAUGAGCAUGAAGUUCAAAAGUAUCAAAAUAAAACAAAGAAAGGUCGUCUAAGUCUUUUCCCAACUUUUGGAAAAUCUAAAAAGAACGACGAGGAAGAAGUUAUACCGGAUAAUUCUGAAGAAGUUUUAGAUUAUCAAAAGAAAACAAGUCGCGGUCGGCUUAGCUUGUUCCCUACAUUUGGUAAACAUAAAGCUAGUACUUCUAGUGAACCAACAAGUGAUUUAGAAGCUAGCAUUAAAGAUUAUCAAAGGCGAAUAGGACAAGGACGUGCAAGUAUCUCUGGUGAUAAUGAAGAUGAUAACUUCGAUAACGAAUUGCAGAAUUACAAGCAAAAAACUAAGCGGGGCCGCGGCAGCAUGUUCGAUCCCGAUGUCAAUUUAUCUAGUCUUCCCGAGUCGGAACAAGUUGAAGUAUUAGAGCACACAAGCGUAGCGGACUUGCUACGCGCUUUAGCAAUGUUGGAGACUCCUGGUCCUGACAAUUCUACAACCGCAGAACCUACAGGUAUCUUAGACUUGCUAGCUGGGGGCGGCCCACCGCCCGCUUCGGCUAGGAGGCGAGGUUCAAUAAGACCAGAAUUUAAACUUCCACCUAUUCCGGAUCUACCUCAACGCAAACCUGAACCUCCGCCUGAAGCGGUGGAGUCAGCAGGUCCUAGAAGAAGAAGAGUAUCUGGCAGAGGAGCAGCUCCGCAGUUCACGCCUUCAUUAGCUACUGUUGUAGCCGGUGCGGAGCUUCAGACAGCUGCAAACUCUAGAGAGAAUCGCAUGACGAUGAUUACUCAGCCCCCUCCUCCCUACUCUGAGAGCGUCGAUGAGGCUACCCAGCCUAAAGCCAGAAGGUAUUCCCCGGCCCCUGGUGGGCCGGGAAGGUCCACUGGACCCGUGCCUAGAUUAUUCUCACGUGUUCGCAAAGAAAGUGCUAACAGUAUAGAAGAAGAACCAGACUCUAGACGCGGUAGUCUUACGGACGUUGUGAUAGAUAAUAAUAAAGACAACACGUAACGCAGUGCCUUUAUAGUACAAUUUAAUGUUUAAUUUAUUUAUUAGUAAGAUCGACACUAAUUUAUGAAAUAUAAAGCCGUCCAGUUAGUA